AUGUGCUGGACAAUACCACCCCACGUCUGCGCCAGUCUAGCGCUCGGACACGACCUAUCAGCGGAAGUGGAAGCUAUUAUUGCGGUAACACAGGGGUUUCUUGCGGCGCUCAAUACAAAAUCACGUGUCGACUUUGAAAAGCAUUGCGUCCGGGCCGGGGGAAUGUCCCUUGCGCCUCCUUCGCCUGCUGCCUUACGCUUCUGCACAAUCGGAUCAUUCAUCGAGCACGUGGUAACGCUGAAUGACGAUAUUGAUGAGCGAAUAUGGGACCCUGAAGUGAAAAUACAUGAGGCUGGUAGUCUUGCAACGGUAUGGGCACCCUUCCGGGCCAAAAUCAACGGCGUCGUGGAUCAUGUGGGGGUGGAAUUAUUUAUACUUCAUAAAUUGAGUGGGGAGUGGAAGGUGACGGGACUGGCGGAUUCAUGCCGACUGCCAACAGAGGAAGAAAUGAACAUGGGCUAG